AUGGAAAGACAAAUAUUACAAUGCUCGCGCGCACUCUCACGAUCACUGCAAAUCUCGUCGCAUUGCCCAAUCAACCUCCAAUCCUCAAUCCUGGCGGCUCCACGACAACCGCGACGAUGCCUCCACACCACGCGCCCAAGCCUCAUGAAAUCGCAGCCCCCCAAAACCCGUGACCGCGGCCCAAAAUCCGACGAAGACACGCAGACCGACUUUUCCGCUCUCGACGUCUUACGCAACACAAUUGCGCCGGCGACUUCUAUUGACGCGUGCACGAGCGACGGGUUUGCGCUCAACAACCAGGUGCGGAUAAGUGGGAGUGGAAUCAUGUUGAUUGGUGGGGAGGCGUUUAGGUGGUGGCCCUGGACUGCCGGCGGAGGUGCUAGUAGUGGGAAGAUGGAGGGCAGAUUGCUAAAUGCAAAGGGUCAAUGGGAAGUCAGACAGGAAGGAUGGGGGGUGCUGGAGCUGGUGUAUCCAAAGCCAGACCUACUCAUCAUCGGCACUGGGCCGACUGUGACGCCGAUUGCGCCUGCAGUUCGCCAGUAUCUGAAUGGCCUAGGCAUGCGGCUGGAGAUCCAGGACACAAGGAAUGCGGCAGCGCAGUUCAAUUUGCUGGCGACGGAGAGGGGCGUUGGGCAAGUUGCGGCCGCGUUGAUACCGAUUGGAUGGCGGGAGGUGAGGUAG